GACGGUAAAACAUGUUUCUUCGCGCCGUGCUAAGCGGAAGUAGUUUAAAUUCUGUGUGUUCUGAAAUAUUCCUGAACAGAAACAAAUAUAAAUUAUGUCCAAACUUAAAAGAAGAAAAACGGCGGUGGAGGAAAUAAGAUCUGAACAUCGGUUUAGGAUUAAAGAUCUGAAUCAGAGUCUGCGCAGUCCGGACGCAGGUUCUCCAGCAGGUGAAGGAACGCCAUACUGGACUUCACCUGAUCUCUCUGACAUGGAGAAGUUCUGGUUGGAAAUUCUGCAGUCUUUAUGUCCACAGUUUGUAGCUCAGGAGGCGACGCUCGGUGUUCCUCGUCUACCUCAACUGUCUGUGAAAGAGGAGAAACAGUCUGAGCAUCACUGGUGCAGUCUGGAUGAAGAGGUUCUUCCCUUUCCUAAUACACUAGCUCUCUCUAGUCCUUUCUUGUCCUCUCCUGUGUCCUCUCCCCACCUACAGGCACGAUCCGACCACAUCUCAGUCCACAGUGCGCUGAAGUCCCUCAGUGAAGGGAACGAGGGAUUAGAUGGUAGUGAGUGUGAGCAGGAUGUGAACAGAGCCUCUGCCGUAUCUGGACCGGAGCGUGAGGGUGAAGCUGGGCCUGGAUCAAAAGACACUUCAGAAAUAAACUCCAGAGCAGUUCCUGGAUUAGGAAUAGUGUCUGGAUCAGAACCUGAGACCGGUCAUGAAUCUGGAAUGCUGAUUAGAGGAUCAGGAUCAGACGGAUCAACACUGGAAUGCUGUCCGAUGUGUCUGAUGCAGUUUCCUGCAGGGUCCUCUCAGUUGGAGCGUGAUGGUCAUCUUGCUCAGUGUUUAUCAGAGAUGAAUGUAGAUGUGGUGUGGUGAUCAUCUUCAUCAUAAUCAUCAUCACACGACCUCCUACACUGUGUGCUGAAGAAUGAUUUAGAGCGACUGUUGCUCCCUGUAACACUGUACUUAAUGUGUGUUAGUGUAAAUGUCCACACGGCGAUCAUCCCUCAGCUAGCUUUAUCUGUAACAUCAGAACUGAAGCUUGAAUUGUUCUUAUAAAUAACAAUCUGAAGGUUGUGUUGUGAAGUUCAUUUCUAAGUGUGCUGUAAAUACGCUGAUGUGUUCACUUACAUUACUGUAACCAUGCCAACACACGCUGCUAAUAAACACACAUCAUCUGG